GCGCGCAUGAAUUAUCUCUGAGCCUGAUCUCUGAACCGACUCAGCCCGUGACGUCACCCGCCUCCCCUAGUAACCCUCCUCAGCGUCUCCGGAGGAAAACCAUCAACAUGGGUUUAUUAUCGAUUCUCCGAAAGCUGAAGAGUGCUCCAGACCAGGAGGUGCGCAUCCUGCUCCUGGGACUUGACAAUGGAGGAAAGACAACACUACUCAAGCAGCUGGCUUCUGAGGACAUCAGUCACAUUACUCCUACACAGGGUUUCAACAUUAAAAGUGUGCAAUCCCAGGGUUUCAAGCUAAAUGUAUGGGACAUUGGAGGCCAGAGAAAGAUCAGACCAUACUGGAGAAACUACUUUGAAAACACUGAUGUGCUUAUUUAUGUCAUCGACAGUGCAGAUCGGAAGAGGUUUGAAGAAACGGGGCAGGAGCUAGCCGAAUUGCUGGAUGAGGAGAAACUUAGUGGGGUCCCUGUCCUUAUCUUUGCAAAUAAGCAAGACUUGCUCACUGCUGCUCCAGCUUCAGAGAUUGCUGAAGGCCUCAACCUGCACACCAUUCGGGAUCGCAUGUGGCAGAUCCAGUCCUGCUCUGCUCUCACAGGCGAGGGAGUCCAGGACGGCAUGAAUUGGGUGUGCAAGAAUGUCACGGCAAAGAAGAAGUAGGAGUGUUCGUACGUUUUUCAGCUGCCCAAGCACUGCAUGGAAAAGCAAACACUGUGGACUAUGUGGAGUCUUUACCAGCUGGAUCAGGUUGUAGAGGAAUGAUCUCUGUAUUAACAGCAGCUGAGGAUGCCUAGGACAAGACCUUUAACCCCCCCCCGACUCUAUUAAACAUCCACCACUAUUUGCAGUGCAGGUUCUGUGCUGCAGUCCUCCUGGAUCAUCCAAUCUACUGUCACUUUACCGAUCAGUCUAAAGACUAACCCGUUCACCUAAAAUGGACCACUACAGCUAAACCAAACACCACAGCUAUUAAAAGCCCAACACUCCAAGCAUAUGGUCUUGACAAAGCUCAUCACUGACUUUAGCUCUUUUCCUAGACACUGUAUGUGUUGUCUGAGCGGAGGCUUGUUACUUCAUGUAUUGAGGAUUGAUGAUGUGCUGUGAGCGACCAAAAAAUGUAUGUGCAUGUGUGUACAUGUAUGUGUGCACGAAGAAUCAGCAAAAACUCGUUUUAUGGAGUGCAAGUGUGUUUCUGAUCUGAUCUCAAAGGGAUGUUUUUGGGCACGCUUACUUAUUUGCCCUGUCAGAGGCAACACACACACACUUGAGUUUAUCCAUACACUGUUUAAUAUGUUAUUCCUUUUAGAAGUGUGUUAGUUCUUUAAAUUAUUUCGUGUUUAUUUGUUUCAAAGGCUUCAUUGUUGUGUUGACUUCUAAAGAGCAUUUUGCUGGCUUGUACCAUAGUGUUUUUAAAAAAAAAAAAAAAACGAGUGCUUAUUUUAAUUUGGUUAAUGCAGACAAGCAUCAGGAUAAGCCAGAGUGUAGGAAGGACAGUCACCUCUCACUUAGGACAGGACAUGAAUGAAAUUGACAGGUGUCCUUGUAACGGGUUUAGUAGGCUUAAGCAUCUGGUUGUGGCAGUGGAGAGGUGCUCCGUGUGCGAGUCUGAGUGUGUCCAAUCUAAUAACCGUGAUAGAAAAGGGAUGUUGGGGUGUUUGUUUUUUGGGAGGGUUUUACUUUGUGUAUUUUAACAUUCCAUUCCUUAGACCUCAGUACAUCAGAACAUGGUUAAUGUUUAUGAUGGUACGUGCAUAUAUCCUGUUACUGUACAUUGUUUUCCUUUAUUCUUUUGAAUACGUCAUUGUAAAUGAUUGCUGAUGAUUUUACAGAACAUUUUAUGAAACACUUUCUAGAGGACGGAGUUAUGUCAGCAUAUUAAACAUAUUGAAACACCAACAAAA